UUCCAUCUAACAAACCUUAUGGUCUUAAAUGGUUUAAAAAGCCAACUGGGACUCUCCUGAAGCAAUCCUGAAGGCACCAUGACCAAGCUCAUUCUUGUCACAGGUUUGGCACUUCUGCUGAAUCCUCAGCUGGGCUCUGCCUACCAGCUGAUGUGCUACUAUAAUAAUGUAGCCCAGGACAGACCAAAGUUGGGAAGUUUCAGUCCUGCUGAUAUUGACCCCUGCCUGUGUACUCACCUCAUCUAUGCCUUCGCUAGUAUGCGGAACAACAAGGUUACCAUGAGAAGCAUGAAUGACUUGAUUGACUACCAAGCCUUAAAUACUCUAAAAAGCAGAAACAUACAGCUGAAAACCCUUCUGGCCAUUGGAGGAUGGGACUUUGGACCUGCCCCGUUCAGUGCCAUGGUCUCCACUCCACACAACCGACAGACUUUUAUUAACUCGGCCAUCAAAUUCCUGCGCCAGUAUGGGUUUGAUGGACUGAACCUGGACUGGCAGUUCCCUGGAUCUCGUGGGAGCCCUGCUAAGGACAAGCAUCUCUUCACUGUCUUGGUGCAGGAAAUACAUAAGGCUUUUGAACUGGAAGCCAUUGAGAACAAGAGCCCUAGGCUGAUGGUCACUGCCACAGUAGCUGGUGUCAUCUCCACCAUCCAAUCUGGCUAUGAGAUCCCUCAGUUAUCACACUUCCUAGACUACAUCCAGGUCAUGACUUACAAUCUCCAUGGCUCCCAAGAUGGCUAUACUGGGGAAAACAGCCCACUCUACAAAUCCCUAAAUGACACUGGCAUCAACACCUUCCUCAAUGUGGAUUACAUCAUGGCCUACUGGAAUGAAAAUGGGGCAGCACCUGAGAAGCUCAUUGUUGGAUUCCCAGCAUAUGGACAAACCUUCACCCUGAGUGACCCCUCCAACACUGGAAUAAGUGCUCCUACUGCUAGUGCUGGUACACUAGGGCCCUACACAGAAGAGCCUGGCACCUGGGCCUAUUAUGAGAUUUGCUCCUUCCUGAAUGAUGGAGCCACUGAAGCCUGGGAUUCUGCACAGGAAGUACCCUAUGCCUAUCAGGGUAACAAAUGGGUUGGCUAUGAUAAUGUCAAGAGUUUUCACAUCAAGGCUGAAUGGCUUAAACAGAACAACCUGGGAGGUGCCAUGCUAUGGACCCUUGAUAUGGAUGACUUCACUGGCUCUUUCUGCAACCAGGGUCAAUUCCCUCUGACCUCUACCCUGAAGAAUGCCCUCUUAGUGUACAGCACAAGUUGCAUGGCCUCAGUUUCAGAUCUUCAACAAGUAAAUGCUCCUCUAUACAGCGGGAAUAGAAAAUGGAGGAGAGGCUCUGAGGCAAUGGAUUCUGUGUCACCUGUGCCAAGAGAAUAAUCAAAAUGCCUUCUGGCACAGCCCAAAUGGAAUCUUAUCCCAACACAACUUCUGAAUGGACCCUCUCCUCAAAAUAAUCUGGUAUGAAGAAACUAGGCAUGAACUUGUCUCUAUCAGCUUUUCCAGGGCCCAGAAGUCUCCUCUGCUCCUUGCAAAGCUCGUCUUGAAUUACCUGAAGUACUAAAAAUAAAAUCAACAGUCAAA